GAAACCGCCCCGUGUCCCAUUUCCUCCUCUUGUUUUCGCUCCGGAUUCUCCAUGUUGGACCCAAACUGAGGAGCCCGGAGCUGCCGCCGGGGGAUCGGGGCCGGGGGCAACCGGGGGAGCCGUUGCCCGGGCCUCCCGCUCUCCGUACGGGCCGCCUCCCUUCCCGGCCCAGGGGAGGAACAAGAGCAGGGAUGUGAACAGCAGUGGGAGUCGGAGUCUCGGGAGCCGGAGCCUGAGCCGGAGCGGGCCCCCGCCCAGGCCCCCCAGCCCAGCCCAGCCCAGCCUGUGCGCCCGCGCGUCCUCCCGCCCAGCCAGCCCGGGCCCGCGGGAUUGUUAGAUGGAACACGGCUCCAUCAUCACCCAGGCGCGGAGGGAAGACGCCCUGGUGCUCACCAAGCAAGGCCUGGUCUCCAAGUCCUCUCCUAAGAAGCCUCGUGGACGUAACAUCUUCAAGGCCCUUUUCUGCUGUUUUCGCGCCCAGCAUGUUGGCCAGUCAAGCUCCUCCACUGAGCUCUCCGCAUACAAGGAGGAAGCCAACACCAUUGCUAAGUCGGAUCUGCUCCAGUGUCUCCAGUACCAGUUUUAUCAGAUUCCAGGGACCUGUCUGCUCCCGGAGGUGACAGAGGAAGAUCAAGGAAGAAUCUGCGUGGUCAUUGACUUGGAUGAAACCCUUGUGCAUAGCUCCUUUAAGCCAAUCAACAACGCUGACUUCAUAGUGCCUGUAGAGAUCGAAGGGACCACUCACCAGGUGUACGUGCUCAAGAGGCCUUACGUGGAUGAGUUCCUGAGACGAAUGGGGGAACUCUUUGAAUGUGUUCUCUUCACUGCCAGCCUAGCCAAGUAUGCUGACCCUGUGACGGAUCUGCUGGACAGGUGUGGGGUAUUCCGGGCCCGCCUGUUCCGUGAGUCCUGUGUGUUUCACCAGGGCUGCUAUGUCAAGGACCUCAGCCGCCUGGGAAGGGACCUGAGGAAAACCCUCAUUCUGGACAACUCGCCUGCUUCUUACAUCUUCCACCCAGAGAAUGCAGUGCCUGUGCAGUCUUGGUUUGAUGACAUGGCAGACACGGAGUUGCUGAACCUGAUCCCAAUCUUUGAGGAGCUGAGCGCAGCGGAGGAUGUCUACACCAGCCUUGGGCAGCUGCGGGCCCCUUAGCCUUCCCUGCUGCCGAGCAAUGGCCAUCCCAGUAGGGGACUUUCCUACACUGUGCCUUUAUGAUCAGCCUGACAGAGCGGAAUCUGGAGCAUCUCACCAAAUGAGACCUGGCAAUAGAAGUGAUUGGAAAGAACUUUAGGACGGGUUAGAUGCUGAGUGGGCAGAUAUCAGACCAGCGAUACCCAGAGCUGCCUGCUCCCUGAGUUGGGUUCCCGAGAUGUGAGUAAGUGUGUGUAUUUGUGUGUGUGUGUGUGUGUGUAUGUGUGUGUAUGAGUGUGUCUUGCCUUGAACUGUGGCCCCGGGAUAUAAGUGUUUCAGGUUGGGGGAGAAAGUGAAUGAUCAAGACUCUCCCCAAGUUAGUUUGUCUCCUCUCCUGUCACCCUGAGAGCCACCGAGCUCUAUAGGGAUGAAGACCAUUGAAGGCUCCGUUGCCAAACCUAUGGCCUUUCCUCAGCGUUGUAAGGCUUAUGCCACGGAGAAAGGUAGGGUCAGAGGCUGCCUUCGGGUGCCCCAGGCACACAUCUUCCCGAAGCCUUUCUCUAGCCGACUGCUGCAGACAGAAAGACGACAUUUCUGGGAAGAUGAAAGCUUGUAUCCAGAACUGGUAGCCCCAGUGGCCAUCAGGUCCUGUGGCCCAAGGGCUGCACUAGCCUCUGGCCGAGUGCCUGGCUCGGGCCCUUUCUGUGUCUCCCCAAGGCUUGGGUGCCGGGCCUGCCUUCCUCACCACCUAGCCAUAGUCUUGAACCUGUGGGGAAGGAGGUCUUCUCCCUGCCCUGGAAGAGGACAGAUAACUGAUUUCCGUUCUUUUGACUCUGUUUUAAAAUUUUCUUUGGAAA